AUGAACCCGAACAACACACCCGCGUCAUCCUCCUCACAGCCAUCAGCAUACCCUCCCAGAUUCUCCCUCGCCGUAUUUCCUGACCAAGUCGGCUUUCAAAUCGUCCAGGACGACGGGCAUGGCAAGGUCCAAAAGGUCGAGAACCUGGCCAUAAUCCCUCCAGCUAAGCUCCGUGAGCUACAGAUGUACCUUCGCUCCCGCCAAACGGCGCCGUAUCCAGAACGCCCUUUUGAGGUUCUCUAUGAGGGGCAGACCAAGUACGAUCCGCUGUGUGUCCUGAAACCAUCCUCCACUCGACCCGCACCCCCUUCUCUCCCUCUUGAGCCGCAACUUCGCCUUCUCCCUCUUCAUGAGAGUGACUACUGUGGGAAGCACACGAUUGGGCACCCUUACGUUGAUCGCUAUCUCUCGCGACCCCGUCUUACUCGACCACGGGCUAAGAUCCCAGCUGAGCGUCAGGACGCUCUGCUCUUUGCUCUCGGGGCAGCGAAAGUGCUGUACGAACCGAGUCAUCCGAAAUAUUCGUUCUUCUGGCCUCGAGACGAUGAAGUAAAGAAGGAGACGAUACAAUUGAUGUAUGAUGUGUGGAGUUUCGACGACUUCCCUAUCUACUUGCCCAGAGCCCAUCUUCCACAAUCGAUUCUCCUCGAUGUCUCCAAUUUCGUCCGUCUGCACCACGAACACCGUUUCUCCUCUAAAUACGCGCGCCACCCACAUUCACGCCUCGGCUAUAACUUCCACCACUCGUCUUCUUCAUCGUCUCACCACUCACACAAAUGCACCCACGCACCACCGUCCAUAGCCGUCUACAAACACCUUAAGAAGGGAGACCAUGAUAGCUCCCAUUGGCUCCCGUAUCCGAGGCAAGAAUGUAACGUUUUUGAUGGGAUGGUGGUAGCAGAGAGUGAGUACUGGGAGGAGAAAAAGAAGCAAGCAGAAGCCGUAGCUGCGAGAGAUGCGAAGAAAGUGAAAAAGAAGAGGGAGGAAGUGAAGGUGAAAGAGGAGAAAGAGAGGAAGGCUAUGUGGGAGAGGACGAUCGUGUCUCUCAAGGCAUCGAAGGAGGCGCGUGGAGAGGUGGUGACUGAAGAACAGGUACGACGCGAGCUCGAAGGGAUGCGGGAUGCGGAGAUGGAGUGCGUUGGAACAGAGGGCGAAGAGACCGAGGACGAUAUGGUGGGGGAGAAGGUGGAAGUAGAGGUGGUGGAAGCAGAGGUGGUGGAGGUAGAGGAGGUGGCGGCGCCCGAAGUUCCUGCGGCAUCGUCCAAACGCAAACGCGCCCCGGCUCAGCCCAAGGUCAGCAAGGCAGCCGCAAAUCCCCCGGCUCCAACCCAGGCUAAGGGGAAGGGUAAAGGCAAGAAGACCAUACAGCCUGCUCCACCUCAAAAUGCCGCCACCGCCACCACUUCACAACCUAUUCCUGCUGCCAACCCUUCUUUGUCACCCACUCGUGUAACCGCACCUCUUCCCAAGCGCAAGAACGCUUCCAGGGGAAAGCGCGCGGCAGCUUCAAAUGUCGUCGCUGUCGCUGACCCCGUUGUGGCUCCUGCUCCCGAAAACUCACCGCCACCUGCGAAACGUCGCAAGACUGGUGCAGCCUCAGCGACUAACGACCCCAGCGCCACGGAUCCAGCUGCACGGAAAGCCACUCGUGGCACUCACAGUCGCUCCAAGUCCAACGAGAGCAACCGUAUAGCGUUGACCAGCGACACUGCGGUUAACGUGAACGGCGAGGGCGACGCAUCGGCCUCCGCUGCCGCCACUCCUUCCGGACCACUCACAACACUCCCGACCCCCCGACCUGAAGCAGGCGCUCUUCCUCAGUUCGAGUCUAGGGACGAGAAAGAGUCGGUACUGCUGGAGAUUCAAGCUCAGGGGGGUUCCGAGGUUGUCGAGAAUGCGAGCAAGACGAAGGGCAAGGGUAAGAAGCGGAAGGCCGAGGCUACCACCUCUGCUACCCACGUUUCGAAAAGGACGCGCCGAGCAGAGCCCGAACCUCUACCUGCACCUGAGCCCGCUCCUGGUGCCGGUGCCGCUGUCGAUGCGGAGGCCAUGGACGUCGACGUCGACGGUGAGGUGCAAGCUCCGCCCGUACCUGAGACCGAGACCUCGAAGGUUGCCGACGAGCAGAAUACCAAGCCGAAGCGCACGAGAAAGCCCUCGAGCAAAGCGGUACAAGCUGCCGCCGUGGAAAGGGCUGCCACUGGGGGUACGGGCCCUGCUAGAGGUAGGGGCGUCAAGUCCCGCGGGGUACGUAGGACUUAGGCGCAGACCAGAGUGGAUGGGAGGAAGGCGAUCUCGCUGAGGAAGAAAGGGCGAUCGUGGGCUAUAACUCAUGGUCAUAUCCAUUGCCAU